AUGUCAUUUUCAAGUGUUAAGGUUCAUUAUUGCCGAUAUAUGCAAGACUGGGAUAAACUUAGUGAACGAAUUUGUAAAAGUAGUUAUGUUGGAUUUGACGUUGAGUAUGUUGAUAAAACUCCUGCUACAAUUCAACUUUCAUCACCAACUGAAGCAUUUGUUUUACACGUAUUUCACUACAAAGAAUUACCAAAGACAUUAAUCCAAUUAUUAGAAAAUGAUGGAAUCAUUAAAAUCGGAGUUGGAGUUAAAGACGACUUAAAAAAAAUUGAUGAUAAAUAUAAAACACAUUGUCAAGGUGGACUUGAUAUCGGAUGGACUGCUUAUUUAAUUGGAGCUAUAUCAGAGUAUAGAGGUAUUGAUUAUUUAGGAGAGAAAUUACUUGGAGAAAAGAAAUUAGGGGGAUUUGCAACUUGGGGAAUAGGUAGGUUAGAAAAGAAACAAAUUGACUAUGCUGCUAAAGAUGCGUGGAUUGGUGUUUGUGUUGCUGAAAAGAUUAUAAUGAAAGUUUAA